CCUGGAGCCCUCGACCGGGCAUGGAGAACACCGUGGAAGAACCCUAAGAAAGGGAAUCCUGCGAAGAGAAGUCAGCUAGUGGCCUUGCCGGAAACCGCACCAAAGUCCUCUAGCUGGGAUUACGGGAGCCGGCGAGGGACCUAUUAUGUCAGGGUUCAGACAACCCAGCUCUGCGUGCAAGCCCUUCCAAUUGCCAGUCUUGGGGCGGGCUCACACCUUCUCUAAAAGGCGAACUCACUACACGCCUUGGGUUCCGAUCGUCCCUAGCAACCACCCGCGAUUUAAGGCGGAAGUACUUCACUGGUCCGCCUCCUCCUCCUCCGGACCAACCAUGCCCUGGUGAGGAAGCGCGUUGGCCCAAUCACCUAGGCGGGAACUGCUACCAGCCAAUAGGAAACAGGCACAGGAGGGCGGGCUAAAGAGGUCGCGGUCGCACGCGCAGUUGGUCCUUAGUGCUGCGGCGGUGUGGGUGAGUUGGGUGCCGGUGGAGUAGUGUUGGUCUUCAGAAUCCCCGCGUAGCCGCUCCCUCCUUCUACCCUCGCCAUGUUUCUCACCCGGUCUGAGUACGACAGGGGCGUGAAUACUUUUUCUCCCGAAGGAAGAUUAUUUCAAGUGGAAUAUGCCAUUGAGGCUAUCAAGCUUGGUUCUACAGCCAUUGGGAUCCAGACAUCAGAGGGUGUGUGCCUAGCUGUGGAGAAGAGAAUUACUUCCCCCCUGAUGGAGCCCAGCAGCAUUGAGAAAAUUGUAGAGAUUGAUGCUCACAUAGGUUGUGCCAUGAGUGGGCUAAUUGCUGAUGCUAAGACUUUAAUUGAUAAAGCCAGAGUGGAGACACAGAACCACUGGUUCACCUACAAUGAGACAAUGACAGUGGAGAGUGUGACCCAAGCUGUGUCCAAUCUGGCUCUCCAGUUUGGAGAAGAAGAUGCAGAUCCAGGUGCCAUGUCUCGUCCCUUUGGAGUAGCAUUGUUAUUUGGAGGAGUUGAUGAGAAAGGACCCCAGCUGUUUCAUAUGGACCCAUCUGGGACCUUUGUACAGUGUGAUGCUCGAGCAAUUGGCUCUGCUUCAGAGGGUGCCCAGAGCUCCUUGCAAGAAGUUUACCACAAGUCUAUGACUUUGAAAGAAGCCAUCAAGUCUUCACUCAUCAUCCUCAAACAAGUAAUGGAGGAGAAGCUGAAUGCAACAAACAUUGAGAGAUGGGGUCUUGCUGUGUUGCCCAGACUGGUCUUAAACUCCUGGCCUCAGGCAGUUCUCCUGCCUCAGCCUACUGAGUACCUGGGACUAUAGGUGAGAGCCACUGUACCUGGCUGUUUUAUUGUUUUCUAUUCAGAUAUCAUAGCUGGCAUUGCUGAAGACUACAUAGAUCAUGGAAAUGACAUUUUUGUAUAUUUAGUUCCUAAGAAAUUAUUAACAGCCUUUGAAUAAUAAGCAGCUUUAGUAAAGUGCUGGCAGAAGCCAGAAUUCAGUGAGUUAAAGAAUGAGGCCAGGCGAGGUGGUUCACGCCUGUAAUGCCAGCACUUUGGGAGGCCAAGGCAGGCAGAUCACUUGAGGCCAGGAGUUCGAGACCAGCCUGGCCAGCAUGGCAAAACCCUGACUCUACCAAAAAUACAAAAACUAGCCAGGUGUGGUGGCACGCACCUGUAGUCCCAGCUACUCGGGAGGCUGAGGCAUGAGAAUUGAUUGAACCCAGGAUUCGGAAGUUGCAGUGAGCUGAGAUUGUGAUACUGUGCUCCAACCUGGGCGAUAGAGCGAGACUCUGUCUCAAAAAUAAAAAGAAUGAAAGGGAGAUGAUGAGUGGAGAAAACAAGAGUAUGCUGCUUUCUCAAGAAGUGUGAUUAGUGUUGGCAGAAGAUAGCAUUAAAGAAAAGGAUUGUGUCUUUUUAAGGAUGUGGAAAAGUCUUGAAAAUAUAAACGGAGAUGAAACUAGUGUAUAGAAAAAUGUUGAAAGAGUCGGGCACAGUGGCCUGUAAUCCCAGCACUUUGGGAGGCUGAGACAGGUGGAUCGCUUGAGGGCAGGAGUUCAAGACCAGCCUGCCCAACAUGGUGAAACCCCAGCUCUACUAAAAAUACAAAAAUUAGCCAGGCGUGGUGGUGGACACCUGUAAUCCCAGCUACUUGGGAAGCUGAGGCAUGAGAAUCACUUGAACCUGGGAGGUGGAGGUUACAGUGAGCCGAGAUUGCAUGACCGCACUCCAGCCUGGGCGACAGAACGAGACUCUGUCUCAAAAAAAAAAAAGCUGAAAGAAAAGGAGAGGUUAGGAUAGUGAUGGAAAAGUUAUAGAAGAGGUAAGGCAUGGUACACAUGAGGAGUUGGUUUUGAAAAGUAAAAUUCAUUCAGCAUCAUAUUGAGUACCCAUUAUAUAGCAGGUAUUAUGUUAGAUGCCUAGGGAUACAGACACAGAAAAUCCAAUUCCUAUUCAAGUAGUAUACUGUGUAGUGCAGGGAACAUAUAGAUAAUAAGAACCUGGGGUGAUACUUCUAUAAUAG